AUGUCGACCGAAAGCAGUGCAGACAAUGCUGUGCUCAAGGAGAUCUUGGAGGGACUGAAGGCAAUGCGCCUGGAGAACUCUCAACUAGCAUCUGCAAUCGAUAAGAUCAAUGGCCGCGUGAACGUUCUGGCUGGUGUCAAGCAGGUGAAGGAUGAGGCAGCCACGGAUGCUGUCAACGGCUCCUUGAGCAAGGAGAAAGCCAAGGAGGCCGACUCAGCCCAGACCGUAGAAGCUGUUAGCCAGCAGUAUGAGCCAACUUCUCCCAAUGCUGAAGCGGCCCCUCGUCGCGCAAGUGUCUCGAAGACAUCAAAGAUCAUCUUGACUUCCUACCCUGGUCAAUCUGGUGUUGAUCCGUUGCCCAUGGAGUGGGGCGCCAAAGACCCUGCUGUUCGUGGCCCUGUCGUCGUUUCGAGACAUAAUAACACCAUUCGUCGUCGUAACGCCAUUGGAGCUCACGGUGGCUCGUAUUCCAUCUACAACGCACUUGCUGUAGCCAGCAAGAACCUCGACAUUACGCACAAACCAGACUUCACAAACACGGAGCCUGCUGCCAACAUUGGACCCUUCCCCCAAUGGAACGACAAGAAGAAGAUUGUUGCAAUGGACCCCUACGGCCAUCUCGCACCUUGGCUGUACAAAGAGACCAUGGACAAGGAGGAUAUCGAGAUCAGGCCUACUAUUGCUAUCACUCGAGCACACAUGAAACUGCCUGAGAUGGAAGAAAGCGUAAGGUUGGGCCGCAUCGUACCUGAUGGCAAGAUCUGCAUCAACGAGACGGGCGAAGUUGCAGUGACUAAGGUGGCUGUUGAGCCUGUGUGGUACCUACCCGGUGUCGCUGAGCGUUUCAACAUCGAUGAGGGGACGCUGAGGCGAACACUGUUCGAGGAAACCGGAGGCUCGUACCCGGAACUGAUCACACGUCACGACAUCAAAUUGUUCCUGCCUCCCAUCGGUGGUCUCACCGUCUACAUCUUUGGUGACCCAGCAAAGAUGUCGGACCCCAACAGCCGUCUUGCACUGCGCGUCCACGACGAAUGCAACGGAAGUGAUGUCUUUGGAUCUGACAUCUGCACAUGCCGCCCAUACCUUACCUUUGGCAUCGAGGAGGCAGUGAAGGAGGCUCAGCAAGGCGGUAGUGGUGUUGUCAUCUAUUUCCGUAAGGAAGGCCGCGCGCUUGGUGAAGUAACCAAGUACCUUGUGUACAACGCACGGAAACGCGGGGAGGACAGGGCGAGCGAGUACUUCAAGCGCACAGAGAACAUUGCCGGAGUCAAGGACAUGCGGUUCCAAGCACUCAUGCCUGACAUUCUCCAUUGGCUUGGUAUCACCAAGAUCGAUAGGAUGCUGUCCAUGUCAAACAUGAAGCACGAUGCUAUCGUCGACCAAGGCAUUCCAAUUCACGAGCGCGUUCCUAUUCCUGAUGAGAUGAUUCCAGCCGAUAGCCGCGUUGAGAUCGAUGCCAAGAUCCAGGCUGGCUACUUCACCACCGGUACUGUCAUGUCAAUGGAGGAACUAGCGAACGUGAAGGGCCGUGGCUGGGAGGACAUUGACCACUGA